AUGGCAGCAUCACAUAUACUAAGUGCUGUGGAGCCGACUGUUGGUGGUGGCAACUCACGCGGUGGCCGAGAGCGUGAGGUCAACGUUGCGCUCGACGACAGGGAGUUGUGGGUGCGUUUUCAGACUCUCACCAAUGAAAUGAUUGUAACUAAAAACGGUCGACGUAUGUUUCCAGUAGUUAAAGUUACUGCCAGUGGGUUGGACCCAACGGCCAUGUACACUGUUCUCCUUGAAUUUGUUCAAGUUGACAGUCACCGUUGGAAAUACGUUAACGGCGAAUGGGUCCCCGGAGGUAAAGCUGAAGUUCCACCAUCUAACGCUAUAUACAUUCAUCCUGAGAGUCCGAACUUCGGUGCACAUUGGAUGAAGGAACCAAUCUCCUUUGCCAAAGUUAAGCUGACAAACAAAACAAAUGGAAAUGGACAAAUAAUGCUGAAUUCUUUGCAUAAAUAUGAGCCACGUGUACAUUUGGUAAAAGUUGGCACAGACCUCCGGCGUAUCAUGACCUAUCCAUUUCCCGAGACACAAUUUAUAGCUGUGACUGCCUAUCAGAACGAAGAAGUUACAUCUUUAAAGAUAAAAUACAAUCCAUUUGCCAAGGCUUUCCUGGAUGCGAAAGAGAGACCCGAAGGUUAUUAUCAAAGGGAUUUUGUUGGUACUCACUACUCACAACAGAGUUCAUCGCCACACCAAUACCCUCAAUUUGGUGGGUGGUUUGUGGCUUCACAGUCGCUAUACGGAAACAGUAAUUCAUCAUCAAGAAGGCCCGCACCCUACCCGCCGCGGCCACCGUCACGGCCUAGAACCUUAUCUCCUCCGUCGUCAUAUAGCAACACGGAACGAUCUACAGCGGUCGCAGCAAACGGAACCGGAAGUUAUACUUGGGCGAGUAGUUACUGGAGCCCGAGUCAAGGCAACAGUUCCCCGCAACCGAAUGCAUCACCUACGCCAUAUCGUACACCACCUCACGCGUACCCUGCUCCCAUAGAAUACGCGCCGGCACCAACAAACACCGCAACACCUGCGACAGCACCUGCGCCGUACCCCCUACAGUACGAAACUCCAGCGCAACACCAUUCCCCUUACUACCAGCAUGCGUAUGCACCAUACGCCCACCAUACGAUCGAAGAUAUCUCUUAUUGGCCUAAUAGCUUAAAUGGAUACGGAUACCAACCUUCGGAAUACGUAGGCACGGGAGACGUUGCUUAUAGUACCGAAGGAAUGGCCUUCGGAACAGCUGGUACUGCAAUUGAAGUUACUUCACAUCAAGAGGGCCGAACGACGCCUUCUAGUUCCGAACAUCAGUCUGGAGAAAGAGAAUAUAAGUAUAGUACAGAAGAAGAACGUCAUUCACCAUGCGAAGAAUCCGCGGUUCAACCACGCUCUCCAACUCAGUGACAAACGAAAACAUUAGCUUAUUUCCUAUACAAUUUCACCUGAUUAGCAAUGAUGUUAAAAUAAUAAAUAAUAUAAUUAUAUAAUUAUCCUAAAUUUAUGCUUUUAAAUACAAAUAAGUAGUAAUUCAUAACUUGCGAUAUUAAUUCUAUAAGCUAACAAAUUUUGUACACAUUUAUGUAUACUUUAUGUAAUACAAUUAAUUAAGUAGCUAUUGUAAACAUGUUAAUUUUGUUUUGUUUUUUUAGAUAUACCUAGCUAAUACUGUCGCUAUAAAAUUGCAAAUAGAUUAACAGCACGUUCAAUAUAUACCUACGUAUAAUGAUAAAUUUUUUUUAUCAAGUAUGGUAUUAAAAAAAUAUAGUAAAAUGUACAUUUUGAAUGCAGAGUACCUACAAUAUACGAGUACCUAAG